ACAUAGUGUGCCUUGGCAAAUCCCGCCAAACAAAUCAAGACAGGCCACCACCGAAAGUAUUUACGCAGUAGGGCCUAGUCUUAGGUGCGUCGACGUGAUGUGAUAUGGCUUAAUGGGCAAAGCAUCGUGCUGGGGAAUGAGAGAGAGAGGCAGAGAGGAAAGAGGAAAGAAAAGAAAAGAAAAAGCCCAAGCAUUUGAGAUGUUUCCGAUAAAACCAGCCGUGUAGACCCGUGUUUCUCGAUGGGAAGUGGAAGGAUCCAUAGUAUGCACAUACUGAAGGAAGUCGAGGGAGGGAACUCCGUCGGGCCGACCAGCCUCCGCGUCACGCAUCAACUCCCAUCGCCAUUUGAAUCUCCUUCUCCCCAUUGCAGUCCUGGACGAUGCGUCGACUAAAUCCCCUCGGCCGCCCAUCGACCUUCCUGCGACCGUUCUUAUUCACCAGGGCCCCUCUCGCGCGGUCUCCGCCCCGGCAAUGGCUAUCGUCCACCGCGUUGCGACGCUGUUCCUGCUCCGACCCGGCAACUCCGUCUGAGCCCUCUUCCUCUCAAUCCACCACGUCCAACCCGGACUAUCGUGCCCUCGGAGCAUCGCAGGACCUAUUCACCACUUCCCUCUAUAGUCCCGGCUCGCCACUCUUUCUCCCCAACGGCGCCCAUAUUAUCAACAAACUCGUCUCUUUUCUCCGCACGCAGUAUCUCCAGUACGGCUUCCGCGAAGUUCUCACCCCCACCAUCUACAAGCGCUCUCUCUGGGAAAUCUCGGGCCACUGGAAAAACUACAAGGAUGACAUGUACGAGGUACGCGGCCGCGGUGCCGACGCCAACCCGGACGCCGACGACCCUACUGGCGAGAACGAACCCUACGGACUGAAGCCGAUGAAUUGUCCCGGCCAUUGUCUCCUCUUCAAAACACAAAACCAUUCCUACCGAGAACUACCAAUUCGAUAUGCGGACUUUAGCCCUUUGCACCGGAAUGAGGUUUCGGGAUCAUUGAGCGGGCUGACCCGCGUGCGACGGUUUCACCAGGACGAUGGGCAUAUCUUCUGUCGGCCGCAGCAGAUCAAGGGGGAGAUUGAAAAGGCGCUGGGGUUUGUGGACCUGGUGAUGAACACUUUCGGGUUGGGUCCGUAUCGGCUGGCCUUGUCGACUCGGCCGGAAAAGGAUUUCAUCGGAAGUCUAGAGCUGUGGGAAAAUGCCGAGGGACAGUUGCGUCAGGCGCUGGAGAACAGUGGGCGAGAAUGGGCGCUGAACGAAGGCGACGGGGCAUUCUAUGGCCCCAAGAUUGAUAUACAGCUGCAGGAUCAGGCCGGGAAGUAUCACCAGUUGUCUACGAUCCAGCUGGAUAUGAAUUUACCGCAGCGGUUCGAGCUGGAGUAUCAGGUCGCCGAAGGAGAAGCGGACUACGACCCUGCUACCCCCGGGCGCGCAGUUCCGGUGAUGAUCCAUCGCGCGAAUUUUGGAUCUCUGGAGCGGUUCCUCGCGUUGUUGAUCGAGCAGUAUGCGGGUCGGUGGCCUUUCUGGCUCUCACCGCGCCAAGGAAUCGUUCUUACCGUCAACCAGGAUGAGAGCGUUGUACAGCAGGCACAUCAGGCAGCAGCCCGGAUCUCGGGAUUCCGUGCGCUCGAGGACGGUGCUGCGCAGCCGCAACCUCUCUCUUCUACUGACUCGACGUUCUUGAUUGAUGUCGACGCGGGCAGUCAGACGCUUGGCAAAAAGAUCCAGCGCGCCAAGCAGAUGAAGUAUAACCUGAUUUUCAUUAUGGGAUCAAAGGAUGUGGCCGAGUCACGGAUCACGAUGGACUUGACCGGACAGAUGCAGAGCAAGCCGGACGGGAAUGCUCAGAAGCUGCACGAAUUGGUUACGAGCCGAUUGGGAGAACAGGCGCUGCAGAAUCCGAGAGCGGUGCCGUUGAAGGUUGACGCGGUGCAUGGUCUCCUAAGGGAAAUAGAGAAGCGAUUUGUAUGAUCAGUGGCGCAACUGGGAUAGGAUGGCUGUAUGUUAUAAGUAGUACAUCUAGAACUGUACAAUAGAAAUUCCUUCUUUCUUA